AUGCGCUCCCUAGCACUCGCAGUUGUAAUCUUCGCCGGCAUCCUGGCCUACAGCAGUGCAGCUCCUCAGAUAACUCGCGGCGAUCUGACCUGGCUGGAGAACAUUCUGAGAGGCUUGGGAUCUCAGAAUUCCACCAUCCGGUUCGGCAACAAUACCCUGAUCGUGUCGGGAGUGUCCACAGCCAGCGCCAACGUCAAUCCGUCUCCAGCAGAGCCCCAUCGUCCCCAUCACCCCAAUCAGUCAUGGGGUAACUGGGGUCCUGGCUACGGUGGCUACUGGCGCAUGGUUCCAUCUGAGAAUGGCGAAAUUGUUGAAGAGCUAGAGAACAACAACUCUUAUGACUCAAAUGAUUUUGCCUUUGAUCUGGCUGAGGAUGAAUCUGUUGAGGACAUCAUCGAAGAGGACCAAUCUGACGAGGAUCAAUCUAUUAGCGAUGCUAGCUCAGAGGCCGAGGAUGAGCUCGAUGAGGAAGCAGAUGAAGAUGAAGAUGAUCUUGAAGAAGGAUCUGACCAGGAGGACGUGAAUGAAUCUCAGGAUGAAGAGGUUGACCUCGAAGAAGAUGCCGCUGACAAAGAGCUGGAUGAGAUCGAAAGCGAAUUGCCCGCCGAGAAAACCAAUUAACUGUGGAGUAUACCAGCUCUUCAGCUGGGGAUCAACAACCCAGACAAUAGUUAAUUCAACUAU